AUGGUUGAUAUAUACGUUCCUGGUCUUCCUCUGUUAAAUGAAUUCUCUGUUCAUCCACGGACAUUGAGUGAUUGGGGAUACCUCAAAGAGCUGCUAAGCGAUAGCGGUAGAAUGAACUUCACCAAAGGACACAAACACCAAGGCCCGUCGAAGCCACCAUCACCAGCUCGUACAAUCAACAUUAUCGUCGGUGGCGGCAAUGACGCAUCCAUCAACGGUGUGAAGUUCACCACCACUCACAAGCUUAAGCGGUCUAUCACCUGCGAACGGUACGAAGGACUCGAAGAAAAUAUCAUCUUUGAUGAGUCGGAUGCCGACGGUUUGAAUUUCCCUCAUAAUGAUGCCCUUGUUAUUACUUUACGCAUUUUAGAUAUCGAUGUUAAAUGUAUCAUGGUGGACGAUGGAAGUGGCGCAUGCUCCUGA